CUACCUUCCAAUCAGAUGGCAAACGCAUUCCCGCUGGCACAAACAUCGGCAUCUCGCCCCUUUACCUGGGAGCUCUUCAGUGAGCCCAACAGCUUCAAGCCGGAGCGCUUCGAUGUAGUCACAAGCGCCGAGAAGCUCAACCCCUAUGCCUACAUACCCUUCUCUGCGGGGCCGCGCAACUGCAUUGGUCAAAAGUUUGCCAUGCUCGAGAUUAAGGCCAUUGUGGCCAACGUUCUGCGUCACUACCACAUCGACUUUGUCGGUGACACAACGGAGCCGCCCGUGCUCAUUGCUGAACUGAUAUUGCGCACCAAGGACCCGCUACUGUUCAAGCUGCGUCUACUAACCACAAGCACAUUCUCGCGUAAAAGCGGUUUCUGUAUCUGGAAAUAA